AUGCUGCAGUCCCUGGCCGGCAGCUCGUGCGUGCGCCUGGUGGAGCGGCACCGCUCGGCCUGGUGCUUCGGCUUCCUGGUGCUCGGCUACCUGCUGUACCUGGUCUUCGGCGCCGUGGUCUUCUCGUCGGUAGAGCUGCCCUAUGAGGACCUGCUGCGCCAGGAGCUACGCAAGCUGAAGCGGCGCUUCUUGGAGGAGCACGAGUGCCUGUCGGAGCCGCAGCUCGAGCAGUUCCUGGGCCGGGUGCUGGAGGCCAGCAACUACGGCGUGUCGGUGCUCAGCAACGCCUCGGGGAACUGGAACUGGGACUUCACCUCCGCGCUCUUCUUCGCCAGCACCGUGCUCUCCACCACAGGUUACGGCCACACUGUGCCCCUGUCCGAUGGGGGCAAGGCCUUCUGCAUCAUCUACUCUGUCAUCGGCAUACCUUUCACCCUUCUGUUCCUGACGGCAGUGGUCCAGCGUGUCACCAUCCAUGUCACCCGCAGGCCAGUCCUCUACUUCCACGUCCGCUGGGGUUUCUCCAAGCAGGCAGUGGCCAUCGUCCACGCGGUCCUCCUCGGUGUGGUCACUGUGUCCUGCUUCUUCUUCAUCCCGGCCGCGGUGUUCUCUGUCCUGGAGGAAGACUGGAACUUCCUGGAGUCCUUUUACUUUUGUUUCAUCUCCCUGAGCACCAUUGGCCUCGGAGAUUAUGUUCCUGGGGAGGGCUACAAUCAAAAAUUCAGAGAGCUCUACAAGAUCGGGAUCACAUGUUACCUGCUCCUUGGUCUUAUCGCCAUGUUGGUAGUUCUGGAAACCUUCUGUGAGCUCCACGAACUGAAGAAGUUCAGAAAAAUGUUCUACGUGAAGAAGGACAAGGAAGAGGAUCAAAUGCACAUCAUAGAACACGACCAGCUGUCCUUCUCCUCCAUCAUGGACCAAGCGGCUGGGGUGAAGGAGGACCAGAAGCAGAACGAGCCCUUUGUGUCCCCCCAGCCACCCGCCUUGGCCGAUGGAGCCGCAGACCACUAG